AUGUCCCACGGCCCGGAAGCCAAGUACAACGCUCGCAAAACCGGCGAGCCCUGUGACAAGGACUUUCGCGUGUAUAUAACAGCGGGCGACGAUAUCGUGUCCCCCUGGCACGCAAUCCCCUUAUUCCCAUCGGAGGAUGAACCACAGGUGGUGAACAUGGUUAUGGAGACCCCCCGGUGGAGCAACGUCAAGAUGGAGGUGGGUCACGAUGUGAUGUGCAAAGCGUAUAGGUCGAUCGACAGUGCUAAUACUUUUCAGAUUGCCAAAGACGAGUUCCUGACUCCGAUCCGCCAGGAUGUCCACAACGACAAACUCCGCUACGUCCCGAAUAUCUUUCCGCAUAAAGGGUUUCCCUGGAACUAUGGGUCUUUGCCGCAGACAUGGGAAGACCCUAGCAUCGCAGACCCUCACACCGGUCACCGUGGUGACUCCUGCCCGCUAGACGUGUGUGAACUCGCCGGCGAAAUCGGACAAAUCGGCGACAUCAAGCGCGUAAAAGUCCUUGGCACAUUUGCAGUCCUUGACGAAGGCAAAACGGACUGGAAGGUCGUCGCUGUAGACACGACUAAUCCCUUAGCCGGUCGAUUAAAUGACAUCAGUGAUGUCGAGACACACAUGCCUGGGUAUUUGGCGACUAUGCAGGUGUGGUUUCGAUUAUACAAAGUGCCGGAAGGGAAGGGGGAGAAUGAAAUUGCCAUGAAUGGGGAGUUGAAGGGAAGAGAGUGGGUUUUUGUGGAAACAUGA